AUGAACUUCAUUUUCAGAAAUGUCUUUAGUAAACAACAUUUGUGCUCUAAUUUCAACUAUGCAGCUCUUCACUGCAUUCAAAGGGCCAGGGGCCCCCUGCCGUUGGUUACAUUACCCCAGCCACGUCACCUCCAUGUCGGGGAGCGGGCCUCUCUCACCAAGGCCUUCAGCGCCAGGGACGUGGCGGUCUUCGCCGAGCUCACCGGGGACGUGAACCCCAUUCACCUGGACCCGACCUAUGCCAAGACCACGUCGUUCGAGACGCCCAUCGUCCACGGCGUGCUGAUAAACGGACUGAUCUCGGCCAUUCUGGGGACCAAGCUGCCGGGGAGCGGCUGUAUCUUCCUGUACCAGGAAAUUAGGUUCCCGGCGCCUCUGUACAUCGGGGAGGAGGUUCUGGCUGAAGCCGAGGUGAAGAAGAUAAAGAUGUCCUUCGCCUUCAUCGCAGUGACCUGCUCCGUCAAAGAUAAAGUGGUCAUGGAGGGGGAGGUCAUGAUCAUGAUGCCGGAGGAUCAGCAACCAAGGGCGUGAUGAUGAUGAUGAUGAUGAUGAUGACAGUUGGAGGGAAUAUUGUAGCCUCAAAUCCAGUCUGUUUGUGCUAACAUUCUACUCCUUGUUAUGCCAAACAGAGAAGGGCUGGAAUGUUAGCACAAGCGGACUGGAUUUGAGGCUACAAUAUAUCCACCAACUAGCCUCAAAUCCAGUCUGUUUGUGCUAACAUUCUACUCCUUGUUAUGCCAAACAGAGAAGGGCUGGAAUGUUAGCACAAGCGGACUGGAUUUGAGGCUACAAUAUAUCCACCAACUAGCCUCAAAUCCAGUCUGUUUGUGCUAACAUUCUACUCCUUGUUAUGCCAAACAGAGAAGGGCUGGAAUGUUAGCACAAACGGACUGUAUUUGAAGCUAGUUGGUGGAUAUAUUGUAGUCUCUCUUGACAUGACAGACUUGAGCUAACGUGAGAUUUGGUUCUGGCGGCAGGGAUUUAAAAUAUGUUGUACUGCAAACCUGUACUUUUGUUUAACUGGCUUUUUGGAGAUCCUUUUAUGUUUGUGUGACUUGAGUACCUGUGUGAUAGACGAUCUAUCCGUCUCACACCCCUCUAGGAACAGCUCAGAGGUAGUGUCUUGUUGUGGGACUGCCUCUGAAGCAUCUUCUGACAAAUGCCUGCUAAAUCAGUGGCACUGGAAUGAUCCUUGUUUUGCUCAUAAUUUUCAAAUAAGUGUGACAUGGUCUUGUGCUCUUGUAUUACAAAUAAUUGCGUACAAUGUUCUUAGGUUAAAUGAUGAUUUAUUGAAUUUGAGGCUACUUUUGUUUGAUCAAAGAUCCUUCUUAGCUGUUUUGUAAAUAAAUUGCAUAAUAAAGACCUAGGUCAAUGUCUAUAGGCACAUCUGAAUUCCUAAUAAAUGUCAUCUAAGCAUUUUCAA